AACCCCAACCGAACAGCUCUUGCGAGCCAUGCUGCCGGCCAGAGCCGCCCGUGGGAUCCUGAGUGCAAGACGGCUCACGCCGCUCAAGCGCCACUACUGGGCGCGGAAAAAUCCCAGGCGCGGCUACAUCGCGCAGCUGCCGGACUGGCGGGACUACCUGCCUGAGACCAUCGCUGCUCGCCUGUUGUACCGCCUGGAGAGGUGGGUGGGGCAGAAGCAGACCUUGUACCCGGAGCACUUGGACUUCUGCAACUCCGGGGGCAAGUUCGGGGUGCCGAUCCCUGCGCCGGAGCUGGUGCGAAACGGCUUCCCCAAAGGCUGCUGGGAGUGGCAGAUGCACCUCUACGGCGCUGCGCUGUACUGGCACUUGGCCACCACGGCCGGCGCCGCGGUGGCGGAUGCCGACGAGGAGAUGCUGAAGCACAAGCGGGUGCUGGAGGUGUCGUGCAUGCGCGGCGGCGGCGCCCGAUACCUGGCUGAGGUGGCGCAGGUGGCCAGCUACGUGGCCACGGAUUCCCGCGCCGAGAACAUCGAGAUCUGCCGGGAGCGGCACAAAGUGAGGCCCUCGGAGAUCUUGCGGUACGAGCAAGUCGCCCCCGAGGACCUGGCCGCGCGCUUCGGGAGCGGCGCCUUUGAUGUGCUUCUGUGCGUAGAGGACGGCGCCGACUUCGAGGGGAAGGCGGCCUUCGCGCGGAGCUGCGCGGAGGUGCUGAGGUCCGAGGGCCUGCUCCUGCUCUGCGACGCCUUCGAGUCCCAGCAGCUGCGUGAGCUGACGGCGGCGCUGGAGGCAGCACAUUUCGCCGUGGAGGUCUGCGUGGACAUGGGGAAGUGGGUUCGCGCCACGGGCCUUGCCCCAGUGCAGCUGGGGGAGACCCACGGAACUGGUGGCAUCGCGCCCUGCACCUACGUUCGGAUCUUGGCGCGGAAGCAGCGUCUCCCUGUCUUCCAGGUGAGUUGCACCGCGCCCAGAAAGUCCACGGAGUCUGAUGGCAGGGUUCCGCAGCGAGCAACGGAAGCCACGGAAGAAGCGAUGGCGGGCUACCUGCAGCCCGAGCAUUUCGAGCCAGGGACGCCCGGAGAGAACCUCGAGGGAUGGAAUGAUCGCGAAGUCUGCGAUGCUUUUCACAAGAUGUGGGAGAUCUUCGUGGGCUACGACAACUCGGUGGCCACCGAGUACUUCUUGCUGGACCAUCCGCAUCUGAUCGAGCGCGUGCUCAAGUACUCGCGCUUGGAUGUGCUGCCUUUGGAUGUCCCUGCCAAAGACUUCGGGGAGUUCACUGAAAGGUACAACUUCUUCAAAUGCGACGUUUCGGCCAGCGACGAUGCCGUAGUCAGGAACGGGCAGUUGUCAUUCACUUCCUACAGCUAUGCUGCCGUGUACAUACCGCCUUUGAAUUUCGGCUCGCUGCGUGAGAUGACGGUGUCCUUUUACUUCUCGAUUGAUAACCUGGGGGAGGAUAUGAGCGUGACGAAGCGCUUUGGCUUCCGGUUGGGUCAGCUGGAGGUGUACUUCGUGCCUGACACCGACAUCACGGAUAUUGGGCAGUUUCGCCGGUGCUACACACAUGUGGCCGGCGCAGACCCGCAGGUGGAAUACUUGGACCAGGCGGCCUUCCUGGAGGGCGAGCUCAUGCGGGUGGUCUUCCAGAUCCACCAGGACCACAUGUCCACCAUGCACCUUUGCAAGACCACGGGCAGCGCGGCCUUCUCAAAAGACGUGGAGCUGAACAGGCUGGGCUUCUGCAACGCGGCGAGCCGCGCCACGGACUUCUUGGGGAUCUUCGCGGACGGCGGCGAUGAGAAGAUGUUCAGGAUUGAAAGUCUGUCCCUGCUGCAGUACGAGGAAGACCCUCAGAGCACGCGUCUCAUACCAGUGUGGCCGGAGCUGAAGUUCCGUGCUGAGAGGCUGCUUUGGAUGGUCAUGGAGGGCUGCAACCGGGAGUACACCGGCACCGUGAGCUUCGGGGCGGACAGCCGCGCCAAAGCCAUCGCCUGCAUCUUCACCACGCUGGUGCAUUUGACGCAGUCCUCGGUCAGGACUCGUGGCAUGAAAGCCAUCAGCUCCAUCCUGAAGAGUAUCGACCUCUUGAUCCUCCGACCAGAAGACAAGGGGGCCUUGAUGCCGCACCUGGGGAAGUUGGUGCGGCUUUUCGACUUCCUGGUGAGCCUGGAGAUGUCCGACCAGUACUUGUGGGAGCAAGCAUGCGUCGUCCACGUGCUGGGGCACUGCGUGGCGGGGGACGAGCACCGCUCCGCGGAGCUGCUGCAGUUCGACAACUCGAUGUUCUCCGUGGGCCUUCAGAACUGCUUGUCUGCGGAUUCGCGGCGGGCGCACAAGGAGAAUCUCAUCGCCAGGAGCGAGACGGGGUCCACGGAGGUGCAGCCCACCAUCCGGCUGCAGAACGCGGCGCUCUUCUGCUUGUCCGCCUUGGGCUUGCCCCAGUCCUCCGCGGAGCUGCAGGAGAAGGGCUGUGUGCUGGAGAAGCGUGAGCGGCCCAUCGGCCAGCUGCACCACCACGACGCGGAGCGGCUGCUGCGGAUCUUGGGGACCCACGACGCCUCCAACGACCACCCCGCCGUCUUCCCCUCGUACACCUUGAUGUUCGUGGCGGCGGUGAAGCGCGAGCUCUGCGUCAGCGCCAAAGCCGCGGUCUUCCAGGCCCUGGUGGUCAACGAGUCCAACCUGCCCAACGUCUACGUCAGUCUCGAGGACUUCACCGUGUGCGUGCAGGUGCGCACCAAGAGCGGACGCUUGGAGUCGGUCCAGUCCACCUUGAGGCUGAUUGACCAGGUGAUGCCAGUGACGGUGACUGUGGUCGUGGACGGUCUUCUGGUGUUCCUCUACCUGAACGGACGGGAGGGCCUGGACCAGCCCAAGCGCCUGUCCGACUACGCGGCGGAGGUGCAGGCCGGCGAGAUCUCUUGUGGCAGGUCCAACAAGGCGGUGGAGGCGUUGGAGCAUGGCCUCGUGAAGAAGGAGGAGGACCCGGUGCUGUCGGGGGCGCUGCUGUUGCUGCGCUUCUAUCCCAGGGCCAUGGUGGCCUAUGAGGUCGAGUCCAAGAUGCAGGUGGCGCGGAGCCAGGCGGCCAAGGCGCUGAAGAAGCGCGGGGGCAAGGAGGAGAUCCCGCUGACGGUGUUCAACAUCAUCGAGGUGACCCAGCUGGUGAUCCAGUUCACCUAUGUGCAGCUCAAUGACGAGUCCUUGGCAGCCAUGGGCCACAAGAAGGCUGGAUUGCAGGAAGUGCUGGACCCGGACACCAUCAUGUGGAUGGUGCUGGCCCUGGGCACUGCGGCCAUGUACUUGCCCCACCAGCACCCCAAGUUCCUGGAGCUCAUCAAACAGCCCUUCGUGAAGGUGAUGCAAAUGAUCGCCGGCAUCAUUGAUGGCAAUGCCAAGGACCUGUCCAACUACGAGCAGGCCUUCAUCGCCGCCUGCACGGUGUACGUGGCCUUUGUGUUGGCCUCACCGCGGGGGAAGAACAUCCUGCAAGACGACCUUGCGGCGAAGCUGAUCAUCAAGAUGAACGGCUACAGCGACAGCCCCAUCGACUUCAGCGACUACGUCAUCAAGAACUGCCAAUCCAUCUCUUCUCGCGUGGCAGUGCUGAUCUUGCGCGCCAAGCAGGAGUCCCCGGCCACCUUGGCGCUGGUGCUGGACGCCGUCAUCUCGAGGAUCGUGAACGAGGAUGGGGUGAUCUUCAAGGAGGACCUCCAGGAGUUCCUGGUGGAUCAGGGCCUCGGCGCGGUGAUCCAGGUCCUCGACUUCGUGGGGAGGGGGCUACUGGACAUCGAGCGCCGCGAGCGGGAUCGGAAGAAGGGGGACACGAAGCGCCUCACCCAAGCGGAGAGCGAGGAGCAAGCACGCCAAGAGAAGGCCGAGCGUUUGGCGCUGGAGCAGGUGGGGAACCUGGCGGCGCGGAUCCACCGCCAGCUCUUCCUGCAGCUCCACCACGUCAUGGACGAGGUGAUCCAUGGGCUGCCGCUGGACGAGGUGUCUAUGCUGGCGCUGGUGAAGAUGAUCGGCACCGUGCUGGAGGUGCCCCAGGUGAUCUUCAUGCCGUCCUCCUCUCUGCAUGCGGAGAAGAUGCAAGACAUCGAGGUGGCUGAGGGCAUGCCCUUCGAGUGCUGGCGCAGCGUCUGGGAGCUGUCCUGUGACAAGCUGCGGGUGUGGACGGAAAAGUUCUACCCCAUGUCCCUGCGCACCUACGGAGAGGUGUCCACGUUGCUGGAGGAUCUGCAGGAGCAGGUCUGCGUGCGCGACAAGAAGCACAUCGGCUCCCCCCGCCUGGAGAUCGGGGCCUUGACGCAAAGCAACAAGGCUUGGAUCCAUUUCCAAUCCUCACAGCCCAAGAUGAUGACGGACACCGAGGUGCGGGUCCUGGCAGUCCACGAGCCGCCGGUGGAGGUGCCCGUGAAGAAGUCAGGGCACAAGUACUGCGCGGAGCCCUCGCGUCUGGUGGCCUUCGCUAACGCGGUCUUGUGCAACAACCGCUUCAAGGACGAGGUCUACGCCAACGUGGUGGUGAUCCUCGCUGAGCUGAACUUGCCGGAGCUCUACACCUCCAUGGUGCCUUUGUUGGUGCAGACGGCUUUGCAGUCCGACUGGCUCUGCCGCCUCGUCUCCCACGAGCUUCUGCACAACGUGCUGUAUCCGGACAAGCACCUCUUGCCGCUGCUCUAUGAGGCAGUGCUGUCCUCAGCCACGCCCCUGCAGACCCGGUACACUCUCCUGGAGCUUUGCAGGCGCAUCGCGCAUUCCUCCUUCACGCCGCUCGACGGCUUCGAGGAAUUCUUGCAGGUGCUUCGCAGCAGGGCGCCGCCCGAGUUGCACGCGGAGGGCAAAGUCUCGAUCCGGGACGCGUCGGGCAUAAAGCCUGCGCAUGAUGCCAGCGCGGUGAGCCUUCUGCUCUCCUCCAUCAGCAUUGGCGUACCCGAGGACGUGCAGGUGUCGGUGGUUGGGCUGGCCUCCAUGAUCAUCGCGCGCGACAUCAACGCCUGCGAGCAGGCCAUCCUGGAAAACCAGUACCACGACGGCGUGGUGGUGGACGGUGAUAAGCCCUUCUUCCUGUGGCGGACCUUUGCAGACCUGGUCUCUUCCAGGAAGCGGAGCUUGCAGAAGGCCACCGCGCGGUUUCUGAACACCCUCUUCUGGAGGCUGCCGCAGGACACCAUCGAGCUGACCACGCGGCCUCGCGGCCAGAGCUCGGAGGAGUACUGGAUGCUCCCGCGACUCCUGGAUGCUCUUGGACAUCCCGACGAUGAGGCGGUGGAGGACUUGCUGCAGGUGUUGCUGCCGCUGGCCUCCCCAGUACAGGUGGUGAAGAAGGAGGACCUGGAGGAGGAAUUUGCGCACCUGGUCUUCGUGCCCCAGCACACGCGCCCGCGGGAGCGGGAGACCCCGGCGGAGCGGCUGCUGCGAGAGGCGGCGAACAUGAUCAGCGACGGGGAGCGCAUCAGCGUGCCCCCGCCAUGCGCGGCGAAGGGGACCGCAGAGCGGUUGAUUUUCCGGGCGAAGCGCGUUGGGUCAAACGACUUUCCCAGCUUCGAAGAUUCUGCCGCGCCCGUGAACUAUGCGACCAUGCACAACCACAGCUGGCAGAACCGGCGCUGCGACGCGCACGGAGUCUGCGAGAGCUGCCUCUCUCGACAUGUGGAGGUCCAAAUCUUGGAAGGCCACUACAACGUCAGAUGCCCCGGGGAGAAUUGCAGCUAUCGCCUGAUUCCUCUGGACGUGCAAAGGGCCUUGGAGCGCCUGCCCUCGGGCCCCGCCCUUUUGGAGCGCUACGAGCAGCUUCGGUCCCAGUGCCACGAGCAGAGGCUGCGGGAGCUGCUGACGCAGAAGGGGGACUCAGAGGAGUGGCUGCUGGCGCAAGCCCAGCCCUGCCCCAGCUGCCUGGCGCUGGUGCGCCGGGAGACGGGGUGUCUGCACGUCUUCUGCCGCUGCGGCUGCAGCUUCUGCUACGGCUGCGGCGGCCCGAGCUGGGAUUGCAUUUGCCCUCACAUGGAGAAGCAGGCCGACAUGGUCUUCGCGGCCUGGCUGCGCAGCGCGGACGAGAGCCCCGUCGCGUGGCUCUGGGACUGCCGCUCCGAAGGGCCGAAGGAGGAGCGGCUGCUCACCUCCCUGCACUUCUGGCUGUGGAUGGCCCGGGCUCCGGUGCCUUUGCCCUGGGAUACUUUCGUCGAGCCAAGCGAAGGCGGCAAUCUGGCGGUGGCGAAGCUGCCGGCGAUCCAGUGGCUCGAGGAGGGCGACGACAUGGGUGACGUUUAUGACCUCGAGGACCCAUUUUACUACUUCUAUCCUAGCGACGACGAGGAGGAGGACGAUGCCUGGUGCAGUUGGUACCGUCGAAUGCCGCAGAAGACCAUGCGGCCCUACCCUUCCCAGCGGCAAGUCCGGCGCUCGGACCGCUACAGGCAUCAGCCCCUGCGCUGGACCGAGGAGAAGGCCUGGGUCGCCGGCGAAGUCCUCCGCAGCGCCGCGCCGCUGCAGCGGAAGCGCCAGCGCGCCGCCGAGGCCAAAGCCGCGCGCCCGGCCGAGCGCCGGGCCGCCGAGCUGCGGGCGGCACGGCGGCUCCAGAAGCGGCGCCCGGACGUGGUGGACGUGGUGGACGUGGCGUAA